AUGUCUGAUAUCUCAUGUGUGAGGUCUUCAUUCACCAACAUAGACCAAUUAACAGAUGAUGUUUUAAUAGAAAUCUUCACAAGACUGCCAUUUAGAUCCACUGCUAGAUGCAAGAGAGUGUGCAAACGCUGGUUAGAUUUGAUUUCAAAUCCUCAAUUUCCAACAGAAUUCAUAUGUCGCCAACACUCUCUCUUUGAGGCCUACUUGAUAUACCUUUCACCCCAUGAACUCAUGCUUUCUUUCCUACCUCCUUUUCCACCCCAAUCUUUGGAACAUUUGGGCUUCAAUGACCAAAACCAGAAGGCCCCUUUAGCUCCAGACAUGCUGAUAAAAGGAAACGUAUGUGGGUGUUCUAAUGGCUUGUUUUUGUGCUGCAACAACAGAUACACAGCAGGUCGUGACUUCUAUGUCUAUGAUCCUCUCAUCCAGAAAUGCAGACAGGUAGCUCCUUCUCUUGAAAGGGGUAAGGAAACUUUAUACGCUGUUGGCUUCGUUUCCGAUCCUUAUUAUCAUCUAGAAGGAACAAAACCAUCACUGAAUCCUAAUCGGUGCUUUUGGGUGGUGAUCAUGAGAUCCUUCAUAAGAACUGAGUAUCAGUUUGUAGUAGAGGUUUUCUCCUCAGAGAUAGGAGUAUGGAGAAAAGUGGUUGUGACUUGCAUAGAUGGCUUUGCUUUUGCUCCUCAUUGGUUGCUAAGUUUUGCCUAUGAAAAAUGUUUGUAUUUCAUGGGGAGGACUAGUAUUUUUGUGUUUGAUCCUCUUAAUCUUUAUAAUUAUACCAUUGGUUAUCCUGAAGGUGCUGAUGCUAUGGAUAUAAUGAGCUUUGGGUACCUUGGGCGCUCUUGUGGGAGUUUGAGGAUUGCUGAUAUUGGGCAUAAUGAUUUGAGAGUGUGGGAACUGUUAGGCUCUCAAAAUUGGCAUUUGUUGCACAGGACCAAUCUCUCAGCACAUCUACCUGCUGUAUUUUGCACUAAUUAUUAUAAGCGCGUAGGGGGGUUUCAUCCCUAUGAUGGGGACAUUGUUUACUUGCAUUCCUAUGCUGAUGGUGUUUUUGCUGCCAACUUACAGACUAACAAAUUUGAGGCCAUUCCUGGUUAUGAGAAAUCAGAUAUUAGUCCCUUUCAACUAGAGCUGCCAUCUUUGGUUCCAUCCAUAGAACAACUAUAUUAUUAG